UCACCACCGAUCUGCUCAGCGCACUGACGCGCUCAUUAAUAUGUAGCAGACGAGGGCGGGGCUACGUAAAUCAACAUCAUGGAUGCUUUCAGUACAUGGUCGGACUAGCGGGGGUUCCAACAGCCGGACACCCCGACCAACUGCAGCUUCAUCCUGUAUCAGUGUGACCAUGGCUUAGUAUUUGUUUUAUUUCCUUGGUGAGAAAGUCUCUUCCACGGAUGGAUGUCUAAACUCAGGACUGGAGGAAAUAUUACCUCCCUCGAUGGAUAUGAUGUUUUCCUGCUGUCAAAAGUGAGUUGUUUCCUCCUAUCCCGUGGAUAAAAUACUGACAGGUCUGGAAUGCCAAAGGAACUGGGGCAUUUUGGGGAGCGGGCUGCCCGAAACACUUCAAAAAAUGCUAAGGAUAAGAGUAACAGUGCCACCCUGCGGGCGUCCCAGGGUGGCACCCAUAGAGAGCAAUCUGGAAUGGGUGACAUGAGCAACCGCAUGCUGCGCUGUGACUCAGAGAAGGACUCUGAAAAAGACUCAGGGUACUCAGAGGCUGGCUCCGACUCUGUCCACACUGAUGUAGACGACCAGCGCAGCAGUGUGAGCGAACCUCACAGGGAGAGCAGGGAAAGUUCGAACAACAACGGUGUGAACGCUGCAGGCCGCAACAUGCCUCCUUAUGAGGAGCUCACCCCUAUAUACGUCAUCAAAAACCUGGUGGUCAAGCCGUCUAGACCAGAGCAGCUUCUGCAUGGCCCCCUGGCAUGGAGCGGGGGUUGGCACAGCCUUACCACUGCCAAAGCGCCCACCCAGCUCUUACUGAUCCAACAGCCAGCAAUACCUGCAUCUUCCUCUUCUACCCCAACCUCUUCAUCCAGUCUAUCAGGACCACAAGGUCAAGUUAAGAAAGGAGGCAGCCGCAGCAACCAGAACCACAGCAGCAAGAAUUCAUACCUGCCCAUUCUGAAUUCUUACCCUCGCAUCGCUCCCCACCCCAGGAAGGAGAGCCAUGAGGGCAAGGGUGCCAAAUGGGCGGAGGGGGUUAAGGAGAGUGGCAGUGAAGGCCAGAGCCAGAGCAAGAGAGUGUGCACUGAAGAAGAGAAGAGGGAGGCUGUAUCUACCACCAGCCACCUCCUCAAUCCCCAGCAGCAGCACCAGAAAGAGGGUAGGGUCCAUUCCCAUUCCCAGUGUAAAGGUAGGGGGGGCCACAGCUCCUCUCCAAGCUCAUCUCACUGCCGAUUGCCAAACUCCACCACCCAUCCCAAAUCCCACCACUGCCAACAAAGCUCAGGCUCUGACAGUGUGGGCUCACCUUCCGUCUCCAGCUCCCAGACACCCUCACCACCUUCUUCUUCUGACUCCCCCUCAUCCUCCUCUCCUCCCUCGUCUUCUCCCUCCUCCUCCACAAGUCACAGCCCCUACCGCUUGGCCCCAGACAGCUCGUCUACCCGCCAGCGCCGUUUCCUCAACACAGCUGAGAUCCUAAACCAGUCAGGCCUGCUGGCCAUCACGCUACGCACCAAGGAACUGUUGAAGCAGAACGCAGCCACUGAAAGAGAAAUCGCCCAGCUCCGUCAGCACACCCAUCUCCUGUGCCAGGCCGCCCAGGCCAGCCAGAACAGGUGCAACAAAGAUUCAGACAGCCUCGACAAACUCCUCCAGGCAAUGACUGAGUCGGGCUCCUACCCAAACCUAGACUUAAAUCAACUGAAAGAGCUCAGCUGCAUCCACCAACAGAGCAAGACUAGAGGUGAGGAAGUCAAAGAGAAGGAUAAUGACAUGAGAACCAGUAAGACACACAGCAACCUGCUGCAGAACCUGGUGUCUUUAUACAACAUAGAUGAUGGAACAUCACCUCCCUCUCCACUGUUUGCCCCCUCGCCAGAUACAGAAGAGACAGAGCAUGCUGACUGUCCUCUGGACUCCAUGUCCACCUCUCUCUCUGUUUCUUUUUCCAGGUCUGUCCCUGAGCAGGGACACAGACAAGCAGUCAUGGAUAAGGACUUACGUGAUUUCAUGUUGCCAGAGAGCUCUACGCACAAUAACUAUCUCCUCUAGCUUCCUGGGGAAAAGGACAUGGAUGUGUGAUGACUUACAGGGUAACAUGUCCACAUGUGGUUGAAAGGUGUUGAAAUGAUUAACACACAUGAUUCACAGUUCAAUAUGAUUGAUAUAUUUUCCUACUUUUAAGUCAGGGAUUUCCUAAAUCCAGGUGUCCAUUUUUCAACUAUAUGUUGCCUUCUGUGGAUGAGCCUGUUAUUCAGGUGGCCUCAUACACAGUCAGUGUAUGGACAUCCAAUAUGUCCAAUAUAUCCAGUUAGUGACAUGCAUCAAAUGAUAAAGGUGGCAGAAGCAGUGAGACAACUGAAACCUGUUUACAGACAGACAGAACAUAAUGUUGUUUCCACCUCUCAGGUCUGUGGUGCAGAUUCCCAACAUCAUAGGCUGAUAACUGGCUUUUGCUCUUAUCUGUUUCCUCUAAGAGUUUGACCGAUAACAACAUCACUUCACACAGGGGUCAACAAGCUUUCAGUGGGUGGCUUAUUACAGUAUUUUCUGAUUGCUUUGGCUCAGUUUUCACAACAGAGUUUUAAUGAGGAAAACUCUGAGCCAAACCGACCUUCUAGAUUCUUCCCUUUAAACACAAAAAGCUGCCCAGAGUGCAAUGCACCACAUGUUCAGUCCUCAGAAUACAGACCGCAAUUUCUAUUCUGUUACUAAACAUACAGAUAACUGAAUCAAGGCAACAUCAAUGUGUGUUUGCAAGCAUUUGUCCUUGUUUUACAGUAACAACAGUACCCAGGUGAGCAAUAUGGCCACAUAACUGCUAAUUAAAAACAUGACCAUGAUUUAUUUCCUUUUAAUUAUUGUCAAAAAUGUUGCAAUAUAUAAAGUAUCUAUUACUAUUAUGUAAAAUGUUAAAUGCUGCAGUCACAGUCAUCAUUUUCUAAAUUCAUUUUUGCUCUGCACCAUUUCAAAUACUGACUUCUGCAUGAAUUGAAAUGUUUUACAUUUUUGAAUUAUUUGAUAAUCACAAUCUUAUUUUAAAAUCAACAAUGAUUCAAAUUGUAGUUACAGUAUGCUCAGAUAAACUUGCUGUGUGAUGCAUAACCUAAUUUCAUACAUAUGUUUUCCUUUUGAGCACUAUAUGAGAUUUUGAGGCCAAAAUGAGGGGUAUGGCUUUUUCUGUACAAGAGUUUUUCAAAUUGAAAGGUGAGCCAAAGGCAAUUAAAUAAAAUACUGUGAUUAAUGGAUAGGGAGUGGUACAGAUUACAUAACACACCCUCUGGCAGUCUCAGCUCUUCUACACUAGAUGGGAUCAGCUGAUUGCACUCUAAAUUCACAAAUUGGUAGUCUAAAAUGUGAUUGUUCUUCAUGCUCGUUUUGACUGGGAAUUUAUGAUUUGCCACUGACAUGAUUAGUCAGAUCAAAAGACAUAGUGAAUGUUCACAGUCUGCGUACACAGACAGUUGUCCAUUGAACCUCCACAUGUUGCUUUUUGAGAUUUGGCUGAGUUGGAAAGCCUGUUCUACCAAACAUGGUUUCUGUCAAACCUAAAUAAAUAUUGUGGGUGCAUCCAAUAAUCAUCUACUACAGGCAUGUGUCAAACUGUUCAUCUGUAAUUGGUCAUGACCACUUAGUUUUGGACAUCUUGCCUGACAGGACUGUGUAUGUUCACAUUGCACACUCUACUUUUACCCCAAGGAUUACUUAAUGAAAUUUCUACUGAUACUCAUAUUCCAGUAGGUGUAUGAUCUCGCUUGGCAGUACAUUAUUGUGGAUUAUUUGCUUUUUUAAUUUUUUUUUCCCUCAGUCAUGUUUGAAUGUCUGAAGAGUGCAUGAAGAUGUGUGAGUGUGUUUGUUAGUGAGUGUGUGCAGAUCUGUGAUGCAAUAGCUUGUAAACAUGCACUUGCUUACCAUGAUUUCAUUAUAGAUUUAAUCAAUUAUGUAUACUGUAGAUUGGUUGUAGAUGUGGGGCACUGAUCUUAAUUACUGUUAAAUAUAAUCCGGUAUAUGGCAAAAUAAAUGGACUGUCUUCACAUGCUCUCAAAUACAACCUUAAAAAAUAAAUCUAGUCUGACUCAUGAACAGA